ACGGACACUUCCAUGGAUCUUAGCAGCAAAACGGUUGUGCAGGUGGUGAUGUUGGCGUUGAUAGCUCAGGUCACUUUCUCUCAGCAUUGGUCGUAUGGGUGGCUACCUGGAGGAAAGAGAAGUGUUGGGGAGCUGGAGGCCACCAUCAGGAUGAUGGACACAGGUGGUGUAAUGGCUCUUCCUGAGGAGACAGAUGCCCAUAUCCCAGAGAGACUGAGACCAUAUGAUGUAAUGUCGAAGAAACGGAUGCCGCAUAAAUAAAGAACAGUGAGAUAAUUCUUCACAAAAAGCAAGAAGACAGCGAUGAUGGAGCAUUCAAGAACAGUUCUGUCCAUUUCCAACUAAGAUCACAUUUAGAUUGAUGUAAUUUACUUGAA